AUGCACUCUCUAUCACUCCUAUCCCUCGCCCUCCUCUCCCCGUUGCUGGUCAACGCCCAACUCUCAGGCCAUGUCGGUCCCCUGACCUCCUCUGCCUCCAAAGCGAGCACCAAAACUUGUAACGUUCAAAACUACGGCGCCAAAGCUGACAAAGAGACCGAUAUUGGCUCCGCCAUUGAGAAAGCAUGGAGCGACUGCUCUGAGGGCGGCGUAGUCUACAUCCCAUCGGGUGAUUAUGCCAUGUCCUCCAGGUUGAAGCUAUCCGGGGGUAAGGCAUCCGCGAUCCAGCUAGACGGCAUUAUCUACCGCUCUGGUAGCGACGGCGGAAACCUUUUCAUGAUUGAGCACUCGUCGGACUUUGAAUUCUUCAGCAGUACAUCCAAGGGUGCAAUUCAGGGAUUGGGAUACGAAUUUCACAAGGAUGGAAAUCUGGAUGGACCCCGGUUGUUGCGGUUCUAUGAUGUGACGGAUUUCUCGGUCCAUGAUGUUGCACUUGUUGACUCACCUGCUUUCCAUCUGUCUUUGGAUACGUGUAAAAAUGCAGAGGUCUAUAAUAUGGCUAUACGGGGUGGCGAUUCUGGUGGUUUGGACGGUGUUGAUGUUUGGAGCGAGAAUGUUUGGGUCCAUGAUGUUGAGGUGACGAACAAGGAUGAAUGUGUCACGGUUAAAAGUCCCGCGAACAACAUCCUGGUCGAAAAUAUCUACUGUAACUGGAGUGGAGGUUGUGCAAUGGGAUCGUUGGGUGCGGACACCAACAUCAGCGACGUGGUGUAUCGCAACGUCUACACCUGGAAGUCUAACCAGAUGUACAUGAUCAAGAGCAACGGCGGCAGUGGAAGUGUCUCGAACUUGGUAUUGGAGAACUUCAUCGGUUAUGGUAAUGCUUACUCCUUGGAUAUUGAUGGUGAAUGGAGCAGCAUGAGCACUGUAUCGGGAGACGGCGUACAGCUGAACAACAUCACUGUGCGCAACUGGAAAGGUACCGAGGAAGACGGUGCGGCAAGAGGCCCGAUUAAGAUCGUGUGUGCUGCAAAGGCACCUUGUACUGAUAUCACUAUCGAUGACUUUGCACUGUGGACAGAGUCAGGGGAUGAACAGACCUAUAGCUGCGAGAAUGGUUUUGGAAGCGGAUUUUGCCUGCAGAAUGGUGAUGGAACGUCUACUUAUAGCACUAUUAUCACUGAAACUGCCGCUCCGACAGGAUACGAUGCGAGCAGCAUGCCAAAUGAUUUGAGUACCGCAUUCGGAACGGACGCUUCGAUCCCGAUUCCGACUAUCCCCACGUCGUUCUUCCCUGGCGCCACGCCCUACAGUUCGCUGGCGGGGGCUGCCUCAGGCAGUGCCGCGAAAGCCACAUCAUUCGCCACGGUGUCUCGUUCCCGCCAUCGUCGCGGGUCCCAUUAA